CAAUUAGUCAAUGAGAGGGUCUUUCUACCCCUGUCCAGUGGCCCCCUGUAAGGCUUCCAUGCAUAGCUCAUUUCCUUCUCCAUUAGAUGCUUCUGUUGAGGCAGAGACCCUUCUUUCUGACCAGGAGCGAAUCUAGGUUUUUGGGAAUGCUCUUUAAGGAAAAGAGAAUUAAUUCAAAUAUGAGUUGUACAAAAGUGAACAUUUAUUUACAACGAGGAAAGAAAACCACACACACAAAAAAUGGCGACUUUUAAGAAGUGGACAAAUAGAAAAUUCAGAAAAAUAGCACUAGCAUUUGUAUUCACUACUUAACACAUCACUGUGAAACUUUUUUCUCUACAUUUUUUGGCUGCAUAGUCUUUUUUGCCCCUUUAUGUUACAAUGGUUCUGUGAUAUUUUCUAGAAAGAGACUAGAAAGAUAAUUCAUUGUUUAUUAUAUAGCAUGGUUGACCACAGUAGGGUUUUUCAUAAUGACGAAUCAACAAAGUUCCUUUCAUCCUCACAACUUGUUAUUAGUAACAUUAUAUACAUUUUUGAGAUUGUUAUCAACUUUGGGGAAAUCUCUGUCAAGUAUCCUUUAUAUUGUAAGGCUUCACUUUUUCUUGUACAUUGGCUACCCUGUAAUACUCUGAAUUGACACAUUUACAUCAUGAUAUGAUCUGGCCCUGCACACUUCUGUCAUGAUACAGAGUAAGUUGGCCCAAUGUCAUCUUUGUAUGCUAGGGUGGUUAACAGUAAUUCGACCAUACACAGAAGUGCUAAGAACCACGUGAAUAUAUUCCACUAAACCCAAAAUGGAUUUGUCUCUAGUAUAACUUUCCCUUUAUGGAUCCCCCAAAUGCCUGCAGCCAUGAGGGGAAAGCUGAGAUGGAAAGAGACUGUGGUUUUAACAGUAUGGGUUAAGAGUAAUGAAUGUAUCUUGUCUUUGCACACUUUAUAAAAAGUGUCAUUAGAACAAAGUUGGACUAGUCACACUUCCUAAUUUCAAAAUAUAUUACAAAGCUACAGCAACCAAAACAAUGCGAUACUGGCAUAAAGACAGGCAAAUAGACAAAUGUAAUAGAAUAGAAAGCCCAGAAAUAAACACUCACAUAUAAGGUCAAAUGAUCUUUGACAAGGGUACCCAGACCACCCAAUGGGGAAUGAAGGAGAGUCUUUUCAACAAAUGGUGUUGGGAACACUGGCUACCCACUUGCAGAAGAAUGAAGAUGGCCCUUUGUCUCACACACCAUAUAUAAAAAUUAAAUGAAAAUGGAUUAAAGACCUAAGCUUAAGACCUAAAACUAUAAAACUGUUUGAAGAAAAUACAGGAGAAAAGCUUUGUGACAUUGGACUUGGCAGUGAUUUCUUGGAUGUGACACCGAAAGUCAGGCAAGGCAGACAGAUGAGACUACAUCAAAUUUUUAAAAUUUUGUGCAUCAAAAGACCCAAUCCAUAGAGUGAAAAGGCACCCUACAGAAUGGGAGAAAAUAUCUGCAAAUCAUAUAUCUGAUAAGGGGUUACUAUCCAGAAUAUGUAGAGAACUACAACUCAACAACAACAAAAAUUGUAUAACCUGAUUAAAAAAUGGGCAAAGGGUUUUUGAAUAGACAUUUCUCCAAGAAUAUAUAAAUGGCCUAUAAGCAUAUGAAAAGACACUCAACAUCACUAAUCAUCAAAGAAGUGCAAAUCAAAACCACAGUGAGAUACCACCAGGAUGACUACUAUCAAAAAAACCCAAAAAUCAAAACCCAGAAACAAAAACGCCAAAAAACCCAGAAAAUAACAAGUGUUGGCAAAGAAAUUGAAACCUUUGUGCACUGUUGGUGGGAUUAUAAAAUCAGGUGACUACUGUGGAAGACAAUAUAGAGAUUCCUUAAAAAAUAAAAACUAGAGCUACCGUAUGAGCCAGGAAUCCCCCUUCUGGGUAUGUAUCCAAAAGAAUUGAGAUGUUUGCAUAUGCAUAUUCGUAGAGAAAUAGCCAAGAGGUGAAAGCACCCCAAGUGUUCACUGGCGGCUGAAUGGAUAAACAAAAGAUGGCAUAUGCAUACACUGGAAUAUUAGUCAGCCAUGAAAAAAGGAGAUCCUAUCAUAUAUCAACAUGGAUGGACCUGGAGAAUAUUAUGUUAAGUGAAACAAGCCAGUCACAAAAAGCUAAAUACAGGAUGAUUCCACUUAAAGGAGGUAUCUAAAGUAGUCAAAUUUAUAUAAAUAGAAAAUAAAAUGGUGGUUACCGGGGGCUGGGGGGAGAGGAAAAAGAGGAGUUGUUUAGUGGGUAUAGAAUGUCAGAUUUGCAAGAUGAAACAGCUCUAAGUAUCUGGAGAUCCGUUUCACAACCAUGUGAGUAUACUUACCAGUACUGAACUGUACAACUGGUUAAGAUGGUAAAUGUUAUGUUAUGUGUAUUUUACCACAAUAAAAAGGAGGAGGAGAAACACAUUGCAGCAGAAAAAAAGCAGAGAGAGAUCAUUUGGGAACAGUGCUCAAAUGGAGCUUUGGGAGAGCCCCGUGACAAUGAGGGGUCCUGCAGCUUAAGCUUCCUUAGCUUCAUACUGACGCAUCUGUUUUGACCAUUCUGGUCCUGCCCUUCCUUUGAAGUACAGCUCCACUGAUCUGUAGUGUCCAUAUUUUCUAACUCUUAUGUCUCCUAGGCUGGAACUGUACAGUUAACAAUUUAUCUCACACUUUCUUGUUGACUAUGCUGUGUACGUGUUUUAUCUUCCAAUUAUAGGUUUUUAAGUGUUACGUUCUUUCACACCCUGCAAAUACUUAGGUUUGUAGUAUUCAUCCGUUUAUUCCUUUGCUUAUAUGUUUGGUCCUUCAUCCAACAAACAUUCAUUGAAUUCCUCCUGUGUACUAGAUCCAGAAGUAAAAGCCACAUUCUGAUGCAGCGUUGGCUAUUUUCACCUUCUGAUUUUGUUGGGGUUAAGAAUCCUGAAAAGCUUGGGGCACCUGGGUGGCUGGCUCAGUUGGUUAAGCAUCCGACUUUGGCUCAGGUCACGAUCUCUCAAUUCGUGGACUUGAGUCCUGUGUUGGGCUCUGUGCUGACAGCUCAGAUCCUGGAGCCUGCUUCAGAUUCUGUGUCUCCCUCUCUCUCUGCUCCUCCCCAACUCGCACUCUGUCUCUCUCUCUCAAAAAUAAAUAAACAACAACAACAAAAAAAGAAUCCUGAAAAGCUUGGCUUUUCCGUUUAUACCAUUUCUUGUUAGCCUUUGUUGUUGCCAUCAUUUGACAGUACUGGAAGUUGAUAAAACUUAGAAAAAAGUCUUUGCCUUUCUUGUGUUCUCUACAUAGCAAAUUCCUACUCAUUCUUUAGACUGUGUUCAAAAUCUCAUAUCCCCUGUGAAAUCUUUCCUGACUCUCCCAGAAGUUAGUUCUUUGUAAUCCCAUGGCAUAACUAUGUUAUAUCUCUGUUCUUUAAUUAUGGCACUUACCAUGCUAUAUUUUAAUUAUGGAUUUACCUGCCUCUGUCCUUCAGGGUGUUAGCAACCAUUCUUUUUAUCGCUCAGGGCCUGGCUGUAGCACAGUAUGUAAUACAUAGUGGAUGCUUUAAAAAAGGAGAGAGGAGGGGCGCCUGGGUGGCUCAGUUGUUUCAGCGUCCAACUUCAGUUCGGGUCAUCAUCUCGCUGUUCCCUAGUUUGAGCCCCACAUGGGACUCUGUGCUGACAGCUUGGGGCCUGGAGCCUGUUUCGGAUUCUGUGUGUGUGUCUCUCUCUCCCUCUCCCUCUCUCUCUCUCUCUCUCUCUCUCUCUGCCCCUCCCCCACUCUGUCCUUCUUUCUCAAGGGUAAAUAUUUAAAAAAAAAAAAAAGAAAAGAAAAAAAGGUUCUUGACUGCAUGAAUGAAUGAUGGGUCCAGAAUUUGGAGUCUUAUUCUUGAAAGAGUUGAUUGGCCUUACUGGAUUUCAUGGUCACAAAUUUCAUUCUUAACAACAACCAUUUAUCUUAUGACAAUUACUUGUACCUUUUAAAUAUAGUGUAUACUUUUCUCCACCUCUCCUACCUCAGCUGGUCCCUUCUUGGUCCUCUAUACUAUAUUCUCUAUAUACAAGCCAGGAUGAGUUUUCUAAACAUAAAUCUGAUUCUGUCUCUCCUAAAGUGAUGGUGGUAAGACCUCUGAAGCCUUGAAAUGCAUACUUAGGGAGGUUUUGGAGACUUUGCCCCUCUUUGUAGGAAACCUAUUAAAAGGCACCCACAUUCCAUAUUAAACAUGUGGUUUUAUUUAUUUUUGCUAUCACAUGUUUACAGAAUAUUGAUAAUUUUGUUUCUGAAAUUCUUUGGCUACAAAUAACUGACUUAAUUUAUAAUUACCUAAGAUUUUUUAAUAGCUAACAUUUUUAGAAAUUUUUGCAAAGUGAGAAUUAUUUUCAAAUGUAAUGAAAAUGUUAUAAAUCCUAAAUUUAACAGUGAAUGAAAAUCCUGUGUUUUUAUGUUUUUGAGGACAUUUAAGCAUUUAUUAAUUUUUAUGAUUAUAGUUUUCUUUUUGUGUCUUGGACUUAUAAAUAUAUUUUUUCAGGUCCUAACCAUUUGCCUAGGCCCCUGAGAAGCUGGUAGGUGGAGAAUGAGUCAUGGAUAAAAUUGUGCAGUUCAGCCUCCUGUUUUAACAUUCUUCUGUGGCUUUGAAGUGCCUGGGUGGCUCAAUGGUUAAGCACCCAACUUUGGCUCAGGUCAUGAUCUCACGGUCUGUGAGUUCAAGCCCCAAGUCUGGCUCUUUGCUGACAGCUCAGAGCCUGGAGCCUGCUUCGGAUUCUGUGUGUCCCUCUCUCUCUGCACCUCCCUUGCUGUCUCUCUCUCUCAAAAAUAAAUAAGCAUUAAAAUUCUUCUGUGACUUUCCACUAUUCCUCUUUUUUUUUUUUUUUUAAAUGCUUUUUUAUUUUUGAGAGCACAUGAGUGGGGUAGGGGCAAGAGAGAGAGAGACAGAAGAUCUGAAGUGGGCUCUGUGCUGACAGCAAGGAGCCCGAUGUGGGGCUGGAACUCAUGAACUGUGAGGUUCAACCUGAGCCAAAGUUGGACGCUCAACUGACUGAGCCACCCAGAUACCCCAACUUUCCACAAUUCUUAAAAUACUGUGGCCUGAAAGACUCAGUAUGAUCUAGCCCUUCCUACCUCCCCAAGUUUAUCUUACACCUCUCUCGCCUGCUCACCUUUCCUAGCCUCCUGGUCAUCCCUCUUGUUCUUUUAAAAACUCAAGGGGUGAGGCACCUGAGUGGUUCAGUCAGUUGAGUGUCCCACUCUUGGUUUCUGUCCCAUUCUUGGUUUCAGCUCAGGUUAUAAUAUCACAGUUUCAUGGGUUUGAGCCCCGAGUCUGGCUCUGUGCUGCCAGUGGAAAGCCUGCUUGGGAUUCUCUCUCUCUCUGUCUCUCUGUCUCUCUCUCUCUCGCUCUUUCUCACUCUCGCUCUCUCUCUGCCCCUCCCCUCCCCACACUGCCUCUGUCUCUCUCAAAAUAAAUAAAUAAACUUAAUUUUUUUUUUUUUUUAAACUCAAAGGAUUGCUUUUCAACUGAGCUUAAAUGUGCUGCCUGAGAUAAGCCUUCCCUAAUCACCUUAUCUAAAGUGAGCCUUCUUCAGGCAUUCUGUAUCCCAACAAACUCUGGAUUUCCUUAUCAGUGAUAUCCUUCUCCCAUAAGGAUGUUGGCUCCACAUACACAAGAACCUUUCUAGUUUGCCUUACUGACUCAACUAGCACAUAGAAAGCAUUUAGCACGUACUUGUUGAACACAUGAAGUUAUUUAUGUUAAUAGAUUUUAUAAUUUAACCAUCCUUGCAUUGUUGGUAUAAAUUUUACAUGAUCAUAAUGAACUAUUCUCUUAAAACUGCUCAAUUCUAUUUGUUGAUACUUUACUUAGGAUUUUUAUAUUUGUCUCCACAAGUGAAGAUUGGUCUAUAGUUUUAUUUUUCAUAUCAUCUCAGUCCAGAUGGAUAUCAAGAAUAGGUUAGCCAUAUAGAAGAAAUGAGGAAGCUUUCUCUUUUGUCUCCAUAAAUUUGGAAAUAGUAGGAAUGACAUAGAAAUUAUCUGAUAGAAGUUUGGUAGAAUUUGCCCAGAAAACCGUUUGUGUCUGAUGUAGUUUUACUGGCUACUUCUUUGAAUAUUUUACAGAUUUCUGCUGUGGGUUUUUAUUGUUGUUUUCAUAACUGUUUUUGAGUUGAUUUUAGUAAUUUCUGUUUUUCUUGACUGUCAUGCGUUUUAUUUUAUUUUCAAGUUUAUUGAUGUCAAGUUAUGUGUAAUUCUCUCACAAUUUAAAAACUAUUCCCAAAUCUGUAAUUAUAAUAUCUUCUUUCUGAGCCCUAAUGUUAAUUUAUGACCUCUCUCUUUUUCCUAAAUUUGAUCAGAUUUUCUAAAGGAUUACCUACCUAUAUAUUUUAAAACAAAAAAGGUGUUUGUUUUCUUGAUUCAGUCUACCCUUUUUUGACGAUUGCUUUAUGUUUAUGCUUUUGCCAUUGUUAAUUUAUUUUUGGUUUGUUACUUGUUUUCUAGAUUGUUGAGUUAAAAGUUCAGUUCAUUAUUUUUUAAUCUUCUUUCCUAAGAAAAAUAUUUUAGUACCGGGGUGCCUGGGUAGCUCAGUUGGUUAAGCAUCUGACUCUUGAUUUUGGCUCAAGUCAUGAUCUCAGUUUGUGAGUUCAAGCCCUGCGUUGGGGCUCUGCUGUGACAGUGUGGACCCUGCUUGGGAUUCUCUCUCUCUCUGCCCCUCCCCCAUGUGCGUGUGUGCUUUCUCUCUCAAAACAAAUUAAUUAAUUAAUUAAUUUAAAAAAAUUUUUUUUUUUUUUAGUAUAUAGUUACCAAAGGUGCCAACUUUGAAAGAGAACACCCAUUUGAGUAUAUAAGUUCUGGUAUUUUUGUUUAAAAAAAGUAAUCUUUUUUAUUACUUUGUAUACUCAUCUUGUAAUGAUAUAAUUUAAAAACACUGUUUUAUGGUUAAUAUAAAAAAAGUACAAUAAAUAUAUCACAGAGUCCAAAAUGUCUGGAAAUACAAUGAAAAUAACAUUUUUUAAAUGUUUAUUUAUUUUUGAGAGCGCACAGACGCGUGUGCAAGUAGGGGAGAGGCAGAGAGAGAGAGGGACAAAGGAUCCAAAGUGGGCCCCAGGCGGACAGCAGAAAGCCCAAUUUAGGGCUCGAACCCGGGAACCACCAGAUCAAGACCUGGGCUAAAUUCGGAUGCCUGACCGACUGAGCUACUCACGUGCCCCUGAAAAUAAAGUAUUUAUUUCAGUUGUUUCUUCAGUGAGCAAGUGGACUAAUUGCUUUAAGGUUAGCGGUAUCUCACAAAACAAAGCUGUCUAGAGGUUGAAGAAAACCUAUCGAUCGUAUUAUUUGAAAAUAGAACUAAUAUUUGUUUCUAAAUGUGUUCGUAUUUUCUGGCUUUUUAUGUAGCUUGCUUAACACUCACAAGGUAACAUACAUACAUAUAUAUAUAUAUAUAUAUAUAAUAUUUUGUAUUGGGGAUUGGAGACUUAACAAAAUUAUAAAGACAUUAAACAAGGGAGCAUCACAAAUGAAAACAAGGCAGCUAUAUGAUCUCCAUGCAUUUUAACAUGUUGAGCAUGCUCCACGUAAGUAAGCUUUCCGUAACUCAGCUGGAAGGCAUUGGAAGGAUAAAAAUAGACUAAAUAUUCAAAAUUUCCAUCCAUGGAGUUUCCUGCUUUUGCCUACAUCUCAAUUGUCUGUCUGGGUCCUGGCUCUUGCUCUACUUGGGGCUGCGCUAAGACAGUGGAAGCAUUUACACCAUAAAUAUUCAAGCUGCCACAUCGUUGAGGCGUUGGCCUCCGCCUGCCCUAAAACAGCCCCUUUCCUGUUCUUCCAUCGGAGUGGAAAAAUCAAGGGAGGGAGGGAGGCUGUACAGGAUGAUAAACAUGUGAGAUUUAGGAAGGGUUCAUAGGUUCCUUUUCGAGGAAUGCCAGGCUUACAGAAUCCAUGGGUUCUCUGCUGGAUGGCACAUCAGAUUACCCUUGGUCAGCCGCGUUCAUUUGGGAGACUCACACUGUGGAAUCCCACCUUUUUUGGUUUAUAGAGAUAGAUGGAGUCUGACAGGGUUUUGCCUGCUUUCUAUCAUUUAUUUCCUAAGCCGUCCAACUCCUUAGAAUAAAUAGAUGGAGGUGAGUUUCUGGAAACCAUGUGACUUCCGUUCUUUAUAGUUGGAUGGCAGAUUUCCUGCUGCCCAGCACUUCUGAAUGGAAGUCCAAGUAAUUCCUUCAUUCGUUUAUUCACCUACUAUGUGGGGCCUCACACAGCAAUGGAGGAAGAUGUGGUAAAUACACAUCUUAUACACACUGGGGGAGAUCAACCAUAAGCAAAUUCUCACGCAAAAAUUAAUCGCAGUUAUGAGCAAUGCUGUGAAGAAGGAAUAAAGGACGUUACUGGAGUGUUGAACAGGAAAACCUGGUCUCGCCUGGAAGGGUCAAGAAAGCCUUCCUGGAGUAAUGGAUUACUUUUGAGACGGCAAGGAUAAGAUAAACAGAACUGCUAAAAGAAAGAAGCCAAGUGCAGAGUUUUAGAGUUGAAAGGAACCGAAGAUAGCAUCUAGUGAUGUCCAGUCUUUACAGUCCCCGAGUGAGAAAAGGCUCGGGAGGUAAAGGGAUUUGCCUAACGAAACCUGUGCAGCCUGUUAGCCCCAGAGCUAGACACACAAACCCUGCGUGGAUUUCUUCGGUGGGUGGGUGUAACAAGAUGUAUAUAGCAAGGAGAAGGGACUUGGGGAUUGGGGAAAGCAGGUAGGUGUUUAAUUUCCUGCUUACUGCUGUCAGCUGCAGAGCCCUUUCCUCAGGUGGGAGAGGGGAUUAAAGAAGGCUGGAAUCUGCCAGAUCCUGGAGGAAGUCAGCUUGGUAGCCGCAGCAUAGUUUUUAUGGGGGGGGGGGGGGGGGAGUGUCAGAUACACAUGCACCAAAAACGAUAAAUGUGGGAAACCAACCCCUGUUCUGCUUCUGUCUAGCUGUGUGAUUUGAGGUAAGUCACUUAACUUCUCUGAAUUGCCAGUCUCCGUUUCUACUUUGGUGUUUCCCUUUGGUCUUCUCCUGUGCAUUUUAGGAGCUUGCCGGAGAUCAGUUGUGCCCUAUAUUUCACCUUAAUCUUUAAAAACUAGUCUCCUGUUUGGCUGAAGCAUUGUUUAAGCCCCCUUUUAAAGAGCAGUUUGCCAGCCCAUGCUUGCCCAAACAGCCAAAGAACUGUAGCAAGCAAGUCAACCUCCAGGAUCUGCAAAAAUCGCUCGCAACUGAGCAUAUUUCUAUAAACCAAUAAAGGUUUUUCUAUUUUGUUCAUCUGUUACCCUUAUGCUGUUGCCACUUUCACAUUCAUUGCGUGUAGGCGGAGAGCAGGAGAUAACAGCAUUUCACAAAUGAAAGUGAGUGGAAAAGGGCUGCUUUCCCUUUAAGGCAGUUCCAUUUCCCCAGCUCCCUCCCCUUUCCUGAUUGACAGACCUACCCGAAGUCACAUGAUCCGCCUCUAUUUGAAGGUCACAAAAAGCUGCUUCCUUUAGAGACAGAGGGGGAGAGAGAGAGCAAGAGGGAGAGUGAGUGAGAGAGUUAGUUCAAGCCAAAAUGGCCGACAGAGUCUCUGCUGGUUUCUGAAUAUUUAAAAUACAAAAAAACAGAUAGACAAAAAGAAAUCAUUUUUUGGACCUUUUUUCAUUUCCAUUUCUACCUUGUAUGCCUCAAUUUGCUGGAUUUAAGCACUGCUGCACUUUAUGAGAGAGAAGGAGCAAGAAAGGGAAGAACAGUUAAUGGAAGACAAGAAAAGGAAGAAAGAGGAUAAAAAGAAAAAAGAAGCCACUCAGAAGGUCACGGAACAAAAAACCAAAGUGCCCGAAGUGACGAAACCAAGUUUAAGCCAACCAACGGCCGCCAGCCCAAUUGGCAGCUCUCCAUCGCCACCAGUCAAUGGUGGCAACAAUGCCAAAAGGGUGGCAGUGCCGAACGGACAGCCGCCAAGCGCCGCCCGCUACAUGCCUCGGGAGGUGCCGCCGCGAUUCCGUUGCCAGCAGGACCACAAAGUGUUACUAAAACGUGGGCAGCCCCCUCCACCAUCCUGCAUGCUCCUCGGGGGCGGGGCAGGGCCUCCUCCCCCCACGGCACCCGGAGCAAACCCCAGCAACGCACAAGUGACAGGAACGCUGCUGCAGAGUGACGGUGGGACUGCACCAGAGUCAACCCUUGGAGGUGCUGCUGCUUCAAAUUAUGCAAAUUCCACUUGGGGCCCGGGAGCCUCCUCCAACAACGGCGCCUCCCCCAACCCAAUUCACAUCUGGGACAAGGUGAUUGUAGACGGGUCUGACAUGGAAGAGUGGCCUUGUAUCGCCAGCAAAGACACUGAGUCUUCUUCCGAAAACACCACCGAUAACAACAGUGCCUCGAACCCUGGCUCUGAGAAGAGCACUCUGCCAGGAAGCACCACUAGUAACAAAGGAAAAGGGAGCCAGUGCCAGUCUGCAAGUUCUGGGAACGAAUGUAAUCUUGGGGUCUGGAAAUCUGACCCUAAGACUAAAUCUGUUCAAUCUUCCAACUCUACUACAGAGAGCAACAAUGGACUAGGAAAUUGGAGGAAUGUGAGUGGUCAGGAUAGAAUUGGACCUGGCUCUGGCUUCAGCAACUUUAACCCAAAUAGCAACCCAUCUGCCUGGCCAGCGCUGGUCCAAGAAGGAAAUCCUAGGAAAGGGGCAUUGGAAACGGAUACUAGUAAUUCCAGUGCACAGGUUAGCACAGUAGGUCAGGCAUCCAGGGAACAGCAGUCAAAGAUGGAAAAUGCGGGUGUUAAUUUUGUUGUCUCUGGCAGAGAACAGGCUCAAAUUCAUAACACUGAUGGACCAAAAAAUGGAAACACUAACUCCUUGAACUUAAGUUCACCAAACCCCAUGGAGAAUAAGGGAAUGCCCUUUGGAAUGGGCUUGGCGAACGCCUCCAGGAGCACUGAUGCCCCUUCACAAAGCACUGGAGAUCGAAAGACUGGGAGUGUUGGAUCUUGGGGUGCAGCUAGGGGGCCUUCUGGAACUGACACAGCCUCUGGACAAAGCAAUUCUGGAAACAAUGGGAACAAUGGAAAGGAUAGAGAGGACUCCUGGAAAGGAGCCUCUGUUCAGAAAUCAACUGGGUCAAAAAAUGACUCUUGGGACAACAAUAACCGGUCUACGGGUGGGUCCUGGAACUUUGGCCCUCAGGACUCUAAUGACAACAAAUGGGGUGAAGGGAACAAAAUGACAUCUGGGGUCUCUCAGGGAGAAUGGAAACAGCCGACUGGGUCUGAUGAGUUGAAAAUUGGAGAAUGGAGUGGUCCAAACCAACCAAAUUCUAGCACUGGAGCAUGGGACAAUCAAAAGGGCCACCCCCUCCCUGAAAACCAAGGCAAUGCCCAGGCUCCCUGUUGGGGAAGAUCUUCCAGCUCCACAGGAAGUGAAGUUGGAGGUCAAAGCACUGGAAGCAACCACAAAGCAGGAAGUAGUGACAGUCAUAAUUCUGGCCGUCGGUCAUACCGGCCCACACAUCCUGAUUGUCAGGCUGUCUUACAGACUCUUUUGAGCCGAACUGAUUUGGACCCCAGGGUGCUCUCAAACACUGGCUGGGGCCAAACUCAAAUUAAGCAGGACACGGUGUGGGAUAUCGAAGAGGUGCCAAGGCCUGAGGGGAAAUCUGACAAAGGAACCGAGGGGUGGGAGAGCGCUGCCACACAGACCAAGAACUCAGGGGGCUGGGGAGAUGCACCCAGCCAAAGCAAUCAAAUGAAGUCUGGAUGGGGGGAGCUCUCAGCCUCUACAGAGUGGAAAGACCCCAAGAACACAGGAGGCUGGAAUGACUACAAGAACAACAACUCUUCCAACUGGGGAGGCGGCCGACCAGAUGAAAAGCCAUCUUCCUCUUGGAAUGAGAACUCCAACAAGGAUCAGGGGUGGGGAGGGGGACGCCAGCCCAAUCAAGGAUGGACUUCUGGGAAGAAUGGUUGGGGAGAGGAAGUCGACCAGGCGAAAAACAGCAGUUGGGAAAGUCCUGCAAGUAAACCCGUGUCUGGGUGGGGCGAAGGAGGGCAGAACGAAAUCGGAACUUGGGGGAACAGUGGGAAUACAAGCCUAGCUUCCAAAGGCGGGUGGGAAGAUUGCAAAAGGUCUCCAGCAUGGACCGAGACAGGCAGACAGCCCAAUUCCUGGAAUAAACAGCACCAACAGCAGCAGCAGCCACAGCAGCCACCGCCACCACAACCAGAGGCUUCUGGUUCAUGGGGAGGCCCACCCCCAGCACCUCCAGGCAACGGACGACCUUCCAAUUCCAACUGGAGCAGCGGGCCACAGCCAGUAACCCCUAAGGAUGAGGAACCCAGUGGUUGGGAAGAGCCAUCCCCACAGUCAAUUAGUCGGAAAAUGGACAUCGAUGAUGGCACUUCCGCAUGGGGAGACCCUAACAGUUAUAACUACAAGAAUGUGAAUCUGUGGGAUAAGAAUUCCCAAGGGGGCCCAGCACCUCGAGAACCAAACCUGCCCACCCCGAUGACCAGUAAAUCAGCAUCAGUCUGGAGCAAAAGCACACCACCUGCUCCAGAUAAUGGUACUUCAGCUUGGGGUGAGCCAAACGAAAGCAGUCCUGGGUGGGGCGAAAUGGACGACACUGGAGCAUCGACCACGGGCUGGGGAAACGCACCCUCCAACGCUCCAAAUGCCAUGAAACCUAAUUCCAAAUCUAUGCAAGAUGGCUGGGGGGAGAGUGACGGUUCAGUGACGGGAACUCGCCAUCCCAGCUGGGAAGAGGAGGACGAUGGAGGAGUCUGGAACACCGCCGGCUCUCAGGGAAGUGCUUCCUCCCACAACUCAGCAAGCUGGGGACAAGGAGGAAAGAAGCAGAUGAAGUGUUCACUGAAAGGAGGAAACAAUGAUUCAUGGAUGAAUCCUCUUGCCAAACAGUUUUCAAAUAUGGGAUUGCUGAGUCAAACUGAAGAUAAUCCAAGCAGCAAAAUGGAUUUGUCUGUAGGGAGCCUUCCAGAUAAAAAAUUUGACGUGGACAAGAGAGCGAUGAAUCUCGGGGAUUUUAAUGAUAUCAUGAGGAAGGAUCGAUCUGGGUUCCGUCCACCUAAUUCCAAAGACAUGGGAACCACAGAUAGUGGGCCUUAUUUUGAGAAGCUGACUUUGCCUUUCUCCAAUCAAGAUGGGUGCCUUGGGGAUGAGGCUCCCUGCUCUCCCUUCUCCCCUUCUCCCAGCUACAAGCUGUCUCCCUCUGGUUCCACACUACCCAACGUCAGCCUUGGAGCAAUCGGCACAGGGCUCAACCCCCAAAACUUCGCUGCUAGACAAGGUGGCAAUCAUGGUUUGUUUGGAAAUAGCACAGCACAAUCGAGAGGUAUGCACACGCCAGUGCAGCCGCUAAAUUCUUCUCCUAAUCUCCGGGCGCAAGUGCCUCCCCAGUUUAUUUCCCCCCAGGUUUCUGCCUCAAUGCUCAAGCAGUUUCCCAACAGUGGCCUGAAUCCAGGUCUUUUCAAUGUGGGGCCCCAGUUAUCUCCUCAACAAAUUGCCAUGCUGAGCCAGCUUCCACAAAUUCCCCAGUUUCAGUUGGCAUGUCAGCUUCUCCUGCAGCAGCAGCAACAACAGCAGUUGCUACAGAACCAGAGGAAGCUUUCUCAAGCUGUGCGCCAGCAGCAAGAGCAGCAGCUGGCUCGAAUGGUGAGCGCUCUCCAGCAGCAACAACAGCAGCAGCAGCAGCAGCAGCAGCAGAGGCAGCCCGGCAUGAAGCACUCGCCCUCUCAUCCCGUUGGGCCCAAGCCGCAUCUGGACAACAUGGUACCCAACGCUCUGAAUGUGGGGCUCCCAGACCUUCAAACCAAAGGGCCAAUACCUGGAUAUGGUUCUGGCUUCAGCUCUGGCGGCAUGGACUAUGGCAUGGUUGGUGGGAAGGAGGCUGGAACAGAGUCUCGCUUUAAACAGUGGACCUCCAUGAUGGAGGGACUGCCCUCUGUAGCCACACAGGAAGCCAAUAUGCACAAAAAUGGCGCUAUAGUGGCCCCUGGUAAGACUCGAGGAGGGUCACCAUACAACCAGUUUGAUAUCAUCCCGAGUGACACACUGGGUGGCCAUACGGGUCCUGCUGGUGAUAGCUGGUUACCUGCCAAAUCUCCACCAACAAAUAAAAUCGGAAGUAAAUCCAGCAAUGCCAGUUGGCCUCCAGAAUUCCAACCAGGAGUGCCAUGGAAAGGUAUCCAAAACAUUGACCCUGAAUCUGACCCCUAUGUCACCCCAGGAAGUGUGCUGGGGGGUACAGCCACAUCUCCCAUUGUAGAUACUGACCACCAACUUCUGCGGGAUAACACCACAGGGUCUAAUUCUUCCCUCAACACCUCGCUGCCUUCACCUGGUGCCUGGCCCUACAGUGCCUCUGACAACUCCUUUACCAACGUUCAUAGCACUUCAGCAAAGUUCCCUGAUUACAAAUCAACAUGGUCCCCAGAUCCCAUAGGACACAACCCCACUCAUCUCUCCAACAAGAUGUGGAAAAACCAUAUUUCCUCAAGGAACACUACACCGCUGCCCCGCCCACCUCCUGGUCUGACCAACCCCAAACCAUCAUCUCCCUGGAGCAGCACAGCACCCCGAUCGGUCAGGGGUUGGGGGACACAGGACUCACGGCUUGCCUCAGCCUCUACUUGGAGUGAUGGUGGUUCAGUUCGUCCCAGUUACUGGCUGGUUCUUCACAAUCUCACUCCACAGAUUGAUGGGUCAACGUUGAGAACCAUCUGCAUGCAGCAUGGCCCACUGCUGACAUUCCAUCUGAACCUAACCCAGGGCACUGCCCUGAUCCGAUACAGCACCAAACAGGAGGCAGCCAAGGCCCAGACUGCACUGCACAUGUGUGUGUUGGGAAACACUACCAUCCUGGCUGAGUUUGCCACCGAUGAUGAAGUCAGCCGCUUUCUGGCACAAGCUCAGCCCCCUACACCUGCAGCAACCCCAAGUGCACCCGCCGCAGGUUGGCAGUCGCUGGAGACCGGCCAGACCCAGUCAGAUCCCGUCGGACCUGCUCUGAAUCUUUUCGGUGGGUCCACAGGGCUCGGGCAGUGGAGCAGCAGUGCUGGCGGCAGCAGCGGGGCCGAUCUUGCUGGCGCUUCGUUGUGGGGGCCCCCAAACUAUUCUUCUAGCUUGUGGGGAGUCCCAACUGUGGAAGAUCCCCAUAGGAUGGGCAGCCCUGCUCCCUUACUACCUGGUGACCUUCUGGGAGGAGGGUCGGAUUCAAUCUGAACUUAAAACUUUCAACUCUGACCUCGUGACCUUUUUUGGAACAGCAGCAGCACUAACUUGACCUUUUCGUUUUUUUUUUCAACUUGCAAUAAAUACAUUUUUAAAAGGAAAAAAGAAAACGGAGAGAGAAAAAAAAAAGGUGGGUCAUUGACAGACUGUCUGAGCACAUAGUUGCCUCCCUUAUAACUUCAGUUUUUUCGUUUGGAAUAUGAAUCCAAAAAGAGAACAUAUCACUCUUGAAAUACUUGAAUCAUGAACGCCAACCUAGAAAGACAAUGUGAAGCAAGUACACAUACCAUUUAAAUUUAAACACAAAAAAAUUAAAAAAAUUAGUUUCUAGUUUUUCACUUUUUUCAUGUUAUAUGGAAGUUGUUGCUAAGAAACAUAUAUACUGAAAAAAAUAGCUUUUUAACUUUGUUUGCACUGGGUGUGUUUCCGUCCUUAGGUCUACCACGUUUGGGAGGGAGGGGAAUUCAAAAGAAUUGUUGGGGUGGGGGGGGGAAGACUUGACGGAGCCUCACUUUAAAAACAAAAACACAAAAAACCUAAAAAAAAAAAAAAAAAGGAAAAAAUUUGUGAUUGGCUGGUUGAUAAAUACCAGUGUGUUCUGGCACAUGUAACUGCCCAGGCAUGCUCGUUCUGGUAUGUGUGUGCACGUGUGUUCAUGUGCAUUUGCGUGCAUCCUUCUCUCUGUCUCUGUGUGUGCGUGUGCCCGUGUCCUCCUCCCCCUGCCCCACCCGAUCUCUCCGAACGCUGCGUUGCUAACAGUCUGCAGGCUGGCUGGCCGGCCAUCUGCUUUUUAUUUUUUUUUUUAAUUUUUAUUUUUUUUUAACUAUGAGAACACACAAGCACCGGGAGCCACUGCUUACUUAAAGCAACUCCGUUGGGCUGCAUUAAGAUGAACAGAGUGCUUUUUAAUGAUUAAAGCAGGGAGCUCCUUUACAUUUGCAAAUUAGCCUGAGCGAGUUUUCUCUUGCUUUUCUUUCGACCUAGCAGUAGAGCGGAGCACUGCCAAGUCCCAAAAAAGUAGGAGAGCAGGAGGUACCUCUUGGAGCAACCGUGUGUUUUAUUUAUUUCUGUUUUUUAAAGUAAGUGGCCACCAGGCACAUCGGGAUAUCUGUUAAGUUUCACGCAGGCCUUUUCUUUUCAUUAGUUUGAACGGGAACAGACGAUGAGAGAGUUUUUACUUCUGUGGUGUCUCAAAAGCAGAAAAACCACGUUCCCCCUUUCUUGUUGUAAUCAGGUAUGAGGAAUUCAUCAGAAAGUCAGGUAAUGCUGAAUUGGUUCUCUUUUUCAUUGUGUGAAAACGAAACAAGUAACUCGUGAGCAGCUGCAGCUUCUCCCUCUCUGCUCCUCUCUCGCCGAGCGUUACCUGUGCCAGGCCGCGGCGCGCUACAGCACCAGGCCAUCACUGACAGAAACGUUUACUUAACGAAUGUUCUUAAACCAGUGUGUACUUCAAGCGUUUCCUUUUGUUUCUCUGUGUUGUGUAUUUCCUGUGUAUGUGGUUUUGCUUAGGCAGGUAUAACUUAGCAAAGACUUUUAAGUAUUGCACCUUUUUUUGGUUUUGACCUCUUUAUUUUUUUUUUCCUUGUAAUGUUGCUUUUUUAUUUUGGUAUUUAAAGACUUUUUUUUUUUUUAAGCAUCAAUGUAGUAGUACUCUGGGCCGAAUAGGGGGCAACUUUUAAUCCACAGUUAUCACCAACAUGUAUGUACUUAUGUUGGAAUCAACAUGUAUCAAACUGCUUUUUGUGAAGAGUUCUAGCAGACCUGAAGGGGUAACCCUUUAUACAAAGCAGAUGGCUGGCGGGGCGGGGGGUGGUGGGGAGGGAGGGGAACGUAUGCCGGUAAUGUGCUAGCACUUGUGUGGACAUCCCAGUCUGCAUUAUACUGUUUAACAUAAAGUGCCGACAUUCUGUACCAGCAAAUACCUGCCCAUUCCAACCCUUGGUGGGAGCAGACCUCUACUGUCCUCCAUAACUUGCUGCUAGUGAGGACAAGGGAGUUUUUCUUUCUUUAGCAUCUUCAGUGAAGGAUACAACAAUGCCUAAUGUAUUUGACUUUUAGCUUGUGUCUGUGUGUAGGUGGGUGGGUGGGUGUGUAUAGGAAAAGGCAAAAACGAAUUAUUUGCAUCAAGUGGUUUUAUGAGACAAAGAGUGGGAAUUCUGUAGUCCUCUGGCUUACCCUGUUGAUUAUAAACCUAGCCUCAAAAGAGAUUGACAUGUGUAAUUCAAGUAAGCAUUCGCUCUUGGAAGUCUUUAUGCACCCUUUGUGGGGAGGUGGUCAAACUUGAGUCUCCAGCGUUGGUUCAGUCCCAUUGGAUGCCUUGUAGAAAACUAACUGUGCCCUCUUCCUGCUCUCCGGUUUUCAUCACCACCACCAUGCCCCUUCCAUCUCUGCCCAUGUACAAAAAUGUCUCCUUCUGGUCCCCUCUGCCUGCUCUCUGUGUGAGGAGCAAAACCCUGUGGUGUGUGGUGACGUCCAGGUGGAGAGCAGCUGUGUUCAGCCAUCUACAGAAGGCAAAAUCUUAGUGGCCCUGGGCCAGGAGCGUGUCCCGAGGCUCCCAUGAGCCCGUGACAGCCCUGUCCACUGCCGUGAUUCCCUGUCGUGUCCUGCCCCCCCCCCCCCCCCCCCACUGCCUGCUGGUUCCUUGGCCUGCACUAUGGGUUAGUUGAGUUCCUUACGAUACUACGGUGAAAGCCGGGUGCUAGAGCCCCUCUUGUUUACAAGACAUAAUGAGGGAUUUGAAAUAUGUAAAAAUAAACAUGAGAAGCUCAAAUGUUCUUCCAUCUUAAGCUUAAAGGGAAAAAAUUAAAAACUUAAAAAAAAAAAAAGACCAAAAAGUGCAUAUAUAUAUACAUAUAAAUAUAUAUUUUAGAUGAAAACUAACUCUGGGAGCAUUUAACAGUGUUUUUUGUUUUUGUUUUUAACAUUUAUUUUCCUGCUUUAAAAUUUGCAAGCAUUCUCAGGAAUUCUAGGGUAGGAAGCCAGUUUUUUGAAGAUGGUUUAUUUAACCGUAUCUUAUCCUAGAUAGACGGCUGUUUCUUUCCUGUUCAUAAACUUUUACAAGUUCCUGAAACUUCAAAAAGUUGAAACAAUUUUUACUUAAAAAAAAAAAAAUGUAAAGUCUCCAAACAUUAUUAUCAUACUGGGGAUCACACAUUUUAAAACACAUAGAAAGAAAUAUUUUUUAAAAAUGAUCAAUUUAGCAGCAACAGGUCAAUUCGUUAUCUUUAAAAACACGGGAGAAGGAUUAGCUUUCUAAGAGCUUUAUCAUGGAUUCGUUUGAAAUUGUGUGUCAUUUAGUGGGAGCGUUUGGUUUUUAUAAAUGGGAACGUCAUCACUCUGUUCCUUUCCAUUUAAGAUUGAACUGACAUCUCCCCUAAUGAUUGUUUUUGUUUUUUUUUUUUUUAAGGGAACCCUUCUCCCUGCCCCUCAAACCCCAGGACAAAAGAAAGAAAGAAAGAAACAACAACUUAGGGGGAAAAAAAAAAAGUAAACUCUAAUCUGUAAAAUAGUACGGUUGGAUUGCUGAGAAUCUAUGUAAAGAGCUAGGAAAUAUAGGUUAAUAAUUUUUGGAACAAGUUUUAAAUAUAGGCAUUACUAGAGGAAAAUAUCUAUGGACUGUUCUAUUAACAAAGAAUGUCUGUCUUACCUCCGUUUGUUAUGGGAGGAGGAGAAAAGAAGAAUCUAAUAAGGAACAAGUGAUUUUACUUUUUUAGCUCCCAGCUACUGUUGUGCUCAUUUUAAUUGCUGUUUUGAAGAUCUGCUGCUUAAUUAUCCCCAUCCCUCAGCUGGAGAUGUGGAGUAUUUCCUUUUGAUUUUUCAUGACGUUGAAUUCUCCUUUUGUAUUCCCUCCUGGGGCCGGGGGUCAGAAUUCCCAAGCAUGACCACAGCUGCUUUUAAACAUCUAAGCUUCCCAGUGGGAAAGAAACUCCAGCUUGACAGGUAAAGGGAGUGGGUGGGGUUGCUGCCUGCAAUUUCUCUAAAGCCGCUUUAGUGCCUUCGUACAUACACCCAGACAUCCUAAGCAGGGGGAACGCGUGUGUAUGUGCAUGUGGUCCGGUCACUCCACAGACAUUAAGACACUUGCCCAUUAAGGAAAUCGGAGUGGUUCUGGACAGGCCCCACAGGCAGUGGGCUAAAUUGAAAAUAAACAGAAAUCAAGGAAGUGAAAUAUGCUUUCAUGUCUCAGUAAUGUGGAAUGCCAAGAUCCUUCCUUGUGUUAUCGCCCUCGUUACUGGGUACUGACGUCUCCACGUGUGUCCUUGUGACAACCACAUACAGUGAUUUGGAAAGUCUGUCUGUGUUGGGCCAGUAGAAAGGGGUUCCUGUUUUUCUGCUCCUGUCCUCCCUUGUCUCCUCUCUUUCCCCCAACUCUGCCCCCCCACCUUUUUUUUUUUUGUUUUUUUUUUGGUUUUUUUUUUGGUCAACUUGAUGGAAGCUUUGCUUUAUUGGUUGGCAGUGACCUAAGAAAAGGAUAUAGUGAGAAUAUAAUGGAAGAGAAAAACUCUUUUCUUCCCGUGAUAUUCUUUGGCAAGAGCCAUGUCUGCUGAGAGGUUAAGUGGCUUCCAUACACUUAGAAAAUUUGGUGGGAGCGGCUUCUCUUCCACCACAUUCUGGCAUGUGUACAGAGGUUUGCUGGUCACCUCUCAUUAUGUAGAUUUAUUUUGUAAACAUUUCGAUCAUGUAAAUUUGAGCUUUCCAAUUUUUACUAGUUUCCUUUAUUUUUUAAACACUUGAUUACUAGUGGCUGGAGGUGUCCAUCUUUCAAACAUCACAAACUUGGUUUCUGUCUACCACGUGAGUCGCCAAAAAAAUUUAAAAAAUAAAAAAAUAAGCACUCAUGGGGAAGAGAUGUCUUCCAUCAGACUGGAGACCUCUACUGGCAAUUUAAAUCCAGUGCCAUGACCUAAUUUUAGGUGUUUAAAAAAACAAAAACAAAAACAAAAACAAAAAAAAACCCACAAAGUUCAGAUCUCCGAGACACUGUGAAGAAAUGGAUGGCCCAUGUGGCAUCUCUGGUUCCUCCGUACCUAGCCCUUGAUUUUUUGCAUUUACAACAUGCACAGAAGUUAACUUAGCAGUGAUGGCAUGUCAAGGUUCCAAAGCAAAUUCUUUCAUCAGUAUCCCCCAGUAAAUAAUUAUCCAUUGAUUGCCAUUCGAUCAGUUUUAUUUAUAGCAGCUUAAUUUUCUAAUCAGAUGGCUCCUGUUCUAAGAACUUUGCCACCUCUUCUGAUAUGAAUGUAGCAUAAAUGAGCAGUCGGUUCUUCCAAGUUCCUGUGGGUUGAACGUGGGAUCUAAGAUAUGCAAAAAAAUAAAUAAGAAGAAGAAAAAAGAGAGGAAAAGAAAUCCCUGCCUAAGAAUUUGGAAGAACUUUUAUUAAUAUAUCUAGCAGAAACUAACAUUUCACGGGCUACUGACUUGUUGCAAAGAUUCACUCGAAUUUUUGCCACUUGUCGGGGGGGCAGUUUUUGUAGGGUUAACAGCCAGAUUCCAUAUCGACCUCAGAUGCUGUGUACUUUUUAAUUUUACUUUUUUAUAUUUUGCCAUCUUGACUCUUAAACAAAAUGAAGAUGUCUCUGUGUUGAGAAAAACGCUUAAGCCAAGCCUGUUUUCCUCUGCAGUGUAAAUAAGAUGUUUUCAGCAGACUUGGCUCUAACAGCCGUCUCUAAGAUUAGGGAACAAUUGAGUCUUUAUGUAAGAAAGGUCCCCUUCUCCCCCAUCCUCAGAGUUCAGAUUCAAUAUAUAACACUUUGUAGGGUAUUGUUUGGGAUUUGGGUUUUUUUCUUUUAACUAUCUAUAGGGUCUUUUACUAAGCAUGGAGACACAUGUUUAGCUGGUUAAAAAACAAAAUCAAACUUUUUCUUCAGUGUUUUUGCCAAGUUUUGUCACACUUCAUUCAUGUCUGUGCAUUAACUAUGCUGCUUAGUGUUGCUGCAAAAAGAAAUGUAUUCUUGAAUUGUUUUCCUUUCUGUGAGUGUACAGCUAAGGCUGCAUGUAAUGGUGCAGAUGAAAAUAUUCCAGCCUCUGUGUCUACAGGGAGUUGUCAAUCUGUAGACCUCAGCACCCUUUCAGAAAACAGGGCGCCCUCACCCUCUGCUGCACACCGCACCCUCUUAGCUUUCUUAUCUACAACUACAGGGUGUCCACACAGUCUAGAAGCAGGCAAAUAUACAUAAUGUUGUCAAGAACGUCAACAAUCUGUUUUAAAAAAAAAAAAAACCCAUAGAAUGUUCUCUGUGUUUCCAGAGUUAGUGCAUACCCUGUCAUAAGCUCUGUAGGUUUAUGGCCAGUGCCAAAGGUGUGUGUAUUUUCAGAGAUGGUCCCCACUUGUUAAUGACGGUGUUGUUUUCUUGACCUUGAAUCUGAUAAAGGAGGUACUGGCAUCACAUUCUUAGAUUUAAAAUAGUUCUCAACUUCAGGAGUCUAUGAACACAGUAGUAAUGGAAUAAAAAUAGAACGUUGACCCUCCCUAACCUGCCCAGAAUGCCUCCCUGCUGCCUGCACCGCCAAAGAGGCCAUGAACAUUUACAGGAUGGUGAAGGGAACACCGGUCAGGAAACAGAGCUACUCCCCACCGGCUGGGCAUUCCUGCUAUCCUUAUGUGUGUGGUCACUCAGACUAGAGCUGAAGGAAUUACCAAGUAUUCUAACAUUUGAGUGGUUUUUAAAAUGUCAAUCUCUUGUAUCCUACCACCACCACCACUAAAAAAAAAAAAAAAAAAGAAGACCGAAGCUGCCAGUGUUUGCCUCAUAGAAUUUAAAUAGUUCUUUUCACUUGGCUAUACAGCUGAAUUUGUUUUUAAAGAGAAACUAUGCACACCAGGAAACAUGGUACCACCCUGACUGAAGGGUCUCUGCAAUAUUCAGUCAUGGGGUCUUCGUUGUGACAAACACUAGUUUUGUCCCUGGGGAAAAGAAAGGUCAGAUAAAGGCAAGAAGUGUUGUGUUGUAAAUUAAAAAAAAAGAAAGAAA